CGACCUGACCCUCGAUUAGGUAAUAUCUCGCCUUGGCAUUGACCAACAGCAAAAAGUUCAAUCUUCGUGAAUAGUGCUGACAAAGUAAAAUACUCCGCGAGCCGAAGUCAAUAGGAAAUAGAAAAGAAAAAGUGAAAAUGAGAAGAAGAGCGUGAGCGGAGCUGAUUGGUUGCGGGCUUCUUCUUCCUCUCAUGCGAUCAACGGGCUGCCUGAAGUUCGUUGGCUGAUAGUUCCUGCGCACUCAUGCGGCUGACAGGUCGCCGAUCGAUCAACAUCUCGACCCGUUGCAUUCCUCUCGUGAUUUAGGUUGAAUUGCUAACAGUCUGUGUUCGUUUGACGAUGCUCUCUCAUAAGGGGACGAGGCUUUUUGGCGUGGUCGCCUUCUUUGCCAUCUUCCUUUUGAUCCUGUCCAGCACGCCCUCAACCCAGCUGCGGGAAGUAAAGGAGAAGGCGGGCGCCUACGUCGAGAAAGUCCCAAGACCAAGCCUCCCAAAUAUACCGAAAUUCCCGAAGCUUCCAAGUCUUCCAGACCUUCCAGACCUCAAUAACCUCCGUUUAUCCUUCAGUCCUCCUACCCACAAGCCUCCAGAACAGACGAACAGCACCAGCGGGGAGUCGAAGUGGUUCAGUGACUGGAAAUGGCUGAAUCCAUUUUCAUCUCUCGUAACUUUGGACGAAAACCGCUCUGUCCUCCCGCCAUUGACCUCUAGGCGGCCAGUAUUCACUUACUACAAUACCAAGAGCAGGAAGCAGAAAGGUGAAGCUGAGGCGGAUAGACAGCUACUUCUGACCUGGCGCCGCGCGUGGUGGGCGAAAGGAUUUCAUCCUAUCGUGCUGGGACCGUCGGAGGCAAUGAACAACCCUAGAUAUCAAGCGGUCAAGGCGAAGGAGUUGGGUCCGGAACUUGAGGAAGAUUUUAUGAAAUGGCUCGCAUGGGGGAGUAUUGAUACCGGUAUUCUUGUGGAUUGGAGAUGUUUCCCCAUGGCCGAAUACGAUGACAGCUUAUUUGCCUCUCUUCGAAGAGGAACUGCUCCGGAGUACAUUACUCGAUUAGAGAAUUUGGGCACGUGCCUAUUUUCAGGCGAACGGGGUCGUGUAAACGAUGCUAUAGAAGCUGCGCUGGAAAGGAAAAAUUUGAAGGAUGCGACUGAUAUGAUUGAUGUGGUGCCGGAUACGCUCUUCAGGGUCGAGAAGUCGACCAGCCUUGCUUACUAUGAGCCUGGCCUUGUUGCCCGUCGGUACUCCCCCAUUUCGGAGAAGAUCAAUGAGAACCCGGCGGUUGGCAAACUUGCUUUGGUCGAUCUAAUCAACCUACACCUACAAACCACAUUCCAAAAUACAUUCGACUCGGGAAUCUCAGUCAUGAAGCCGUUUCCUGAAAUAACAUCGGUUCUCGUGAACCCGGCUGUCAAGCUGGCCGGCUUGCUUACUCAGUGCGCACCCUCCAUAAUCCAAGUGACUUGUCCACCCAAUAAUCUGGCGUGUACCCCUUGCGCAAAAAAUGCAUUAAAAAUAUUGCAACCUAGCGGCUACAUUAACAACUCCGCAGUCUAUACCAUCGGCGUCCUCCCUCAUCCCUAUACAUUGCUAAGUCUACAUAGGGGCUCCGAUAAUAUCACUGUCUCUUACAUCCGUCGCGAGACUGACCGUGACACGUGGCUCAUAGAGGCUACGAAAAUGCUUCUUGGUACAAGCGUUGACGGCUACUCCCGUGUGGUUCCGUUCAAAAGCAUCGUUGCAGGGCGUCAUGGAAUUUCCCGAAGCCUGUGGUUUACUGUGGAGUCAUUCCCCGCCAACUCCAAGGAAAGCACGCUACCAUCAGAAACCAUUGAUGAUCUAGACUGGCAUUUCGGCUUUCGUAUCCCGCGGGAGACACCGCGUGAAAAAGACAGCCCGCAGAAAACUCUCAUGGAGGAUUUCCCCGGGGGUGAUGAGAUAAAGAUCAAGACGGAGUUUGAUUUGAUUGGGAAAGCAAGACGGGUUUUGAAGAGCUCUAAGAAAGAGGACAAAAUGAUUAGGAGUGUUUCGGAGGCGUGGAACCUGGCGGACACGGAGGUUUGGCGGUUUGUCCGCGCUUUUAGAGCUAGAAGCGUCGUCGAGAGGAAAAAGUGGGAGGAGGAAGAGAAGUGGUUUGCGGGAUCAUAGCCGAAAGAAAUAUCUACGUAUGCGACACAUUUACCAACGAUCUACUUCCUAUUAUAUAUAUUCCUCUUUCGACAAUAAUGUGUAUUUGUUUUGACUUUAUAUUUAUCUCUUGUAUUUAUAUAUGCUUGGUUUCUUCGUCUUGGGCCUUGGGCCCCCUUCCCGACGAUGUAUAUUCAAAUUUUUUGUACUUAAUAUAGAAUUUUGGAUAGAAUUCAAGCCUAUGCGAUGAGCGCGAGCUUGUGGCUCCAGGAAUGGCAAGCAGGUUUAUGUCUAUUUCCCUUUCGUUUAUAUUAGCUGGCGGUCUGCCGCCGGCCGGCCGGCUUUCGGCUCUUUGAGACGCUUUUCCGCUAGCUACCCGAUCCUCUUUGCUUUUUCUUUCUUCUUUUCCUCAUCUUUCCAUUGCUAGCUUGAUUGCAGGCUGUUGGCUGACACCAUUCUCUGCUUUGGUUAACCCUGAUCAGUUGGGGGAAGGUUGGGUUCGUAAUUUUUUACCCGCCGCUAACAUCGAAAGAGCAAAGUCUUUCCAUCUGCGGGUAAUCACGUGGCCCGGAGCCGGCCUUCAGCAGCCGCUAUGUUCAUUUCCCCGGACUGUGGCGAUCCCCGCCUGGGUAAGUUAAGUUACCUGGCGCAGGUUAGUCGGCUGGCGGCUUGUCUUAUUAAGAGCAGCACUGCACUGUAAUUAUCGAGUCCCACUUACGCGGGGUAACUUCUGCGGGGGAAUGUAGAAGAAUUUUCAAACACAAUAUGUAGAAUAUUUGCAAAAAUACUGCUUACUUGUUUUUCUGAAUAACUACUGAAAUGAAGUAGUCUGUGAGGGUUUUAUUUGCAUUGUUCAUUUUUCAUUUUUCAUGAUUCUGAAUACAUUGCAGCAUCUGAUUCAUAAUAUUGAUCAGUCUGCUCAUUUCUAAAAGUGCAUGAGUAUGAGUCUAACUGAGUAUCUAAUCUGUAAACAAACAUAAACACUAUUGAAUUUUCUGAGACAUCUACAAAGAGUUCAAUUACAGUCACUGUCUCUCAGCUAGAGUCUUAUAAAAAAAAUUUAACUACUUACUAUAUUGCUAACAAACACUCAAAUUGAGCAUUAUAUCCUCAUGUGUGGC